AUGACUCAGCUGGCGGUGGCUGGUAAUGGGCCGUUGCCGCCGCCGCGAAUGACGCGCGCCGAGAGGCUCCGGCGGCAAAGCAAGGAGUCGGCGGUUAACAACGGACCGCAGACUGCUGUCAUUGCGAAUGGAAGCAGCUCGCCAGGUAAAAGGUUUGCGUUCAGGCGAUAUAACUCCCAGCUUGAGCGGUUCUUCAUCCCGUCCAGGCAGCGCACUGUCCACUCAGAACGCCUCAUCAGUAGGAACUGGCACCGUUGUGCGUCGUCCAGCCAGCGCUCCCGCAGACCAAGACCAGCCAGCAUCGCUGGAACUGGUGUCAGCGCUGAUAAUAGCGCCAGCCGACUCGGAAUUAAUGGCGAACGACCAAAAUCAACCAUAGACAAAGAAGGAGCAUCUAAGCCGCCUCUGCCCAAAGUCCACGCAGCUCCACGCAAGUCUGUGCCUUCAAAACCAGAAACUCCGAAGAGAACGAUCACUGAAAAAGUAUCUCGCCCCAACAGUGUUAAGGCUUCACCAAAAUUGACACCAAAAGCAACGCCACUCCAAUCGCCAGGAGAUGGAAGCACCAAAUUAGAUACUACGAUCAGUAAACAGGCGGUGGAAGUGACCAACACUACAAUCGUUAAAACAGAAACGAUUAAUGGUAAAACCGAAGUUUCUGUAGAAGAAGAACAGACUGUCGUCACUACCACACCUUCUGGUGAAGUUUUAACUGAAACAACUUCCAAUGUUCAAAAUCAAGAGCUGAUCGCUCCCGUCAGCGCACCAGCUGACGGUCAAAAUGCGAUCGCAGCUAAUCAAGAAGAUGCGGCUAAAGUGGUCGGAGAAUCUGUAAAAACAAAUGAAGAAGUUAAAAUCGCAGAGGUCGAGAAACCUGCAGAAGCUGUUCAGCAGGCAAAUGCUGUCGUUGAAGAAAAUAAUACAAUACCAGUCCAGCAGGUUAAGCCAGAUGUCGCCAAAACCGAGGAGGUGAAAUCUGCUGAUGCUCCUGCUCCAGUUGAGAACGGGGACAGCGUCGACAUGACUGGUAAGUGAUUUUCUUUUUCUUGGCUUGCUUUUUUUCUGAUAUUUGGCAAUUUAUAUUAUACCAUUCCGAAGUCAUAAAUAACAGGAUUCAUAGAGACGGACUUAGGUAGUGUUAGGUAAUAAAUUUCAAAGGAUCUGGAUCAGCUUUCACUUGUUCUAUCCGUGCAUAACAGUUUUGCAUUUAACCAGAUAGCUGUGGCGCUCUCAUUGAACUGAGUGCACAGUUUUGUGUCGUCAGAUUCGAGGUAAACUGUUGUUUUUGAGCUAAAUUGACACAACUAUUUAUGUUAUACUGGCAUAGCCUCAAAAUAUUCUAAAUAUUGAAAUCUAAAUAGCCAAUUGUGGAAGAUUUAUAUGAGUGACGAGUCAAUACACAAAAUUCUGCAUCGUCUUCAUGACGAAUAUAAUCGUCAAUUUCAGUCAACCGGUUAAUUAAUGAUAAUUUUGCAAGAUACAGGUACUGGUUAACGAUUACAACGAAUCAUAUCAUAAAUUUUGUGUAGAAAAG